GCUUUUACUUCGCCUAUCUUGCGCACCGUGCUCAGUCCAUGGGAUCACUGUGGGGAAACAACUCAGCCACUGGGAAAGACACAAAAAGGUUUCUUACUUAGCAAAUUGUACCAAUAUAAAAGGUUGACACUUGUAAAGAAUAUUCGCAUUGAUGACGACUAUUAUUAAAGGAGUUUCAUGAUUGGGUCCAAGGACAUUCUCAGAAUAUCCUGUGGCAUUGAGGAUUAUUUGAUUUGAGCGUCUGCAAUGACAACCCAUCAAGCGUGUAGGAUUACCAUUGCCAGCUGUGCCUUGACUCACCAGCUCCACUCAAUGGACUAAAAUCUUGAACUAAAGAAUUUGGGGGAUUUCAUUAAAAACAGAACCAUGGGUGACUCCAUGUAUUCUGACUUGAUAGCCAGACACUACAACUUCACAGGGAAGCUCCGGAAAGUUGAGCAAGAUUCCAGGCUCAAAGCGGACUCUGUGGUUUUCAUCAUUGUAUGUUGCUUCAUUAUUCUUGAGAAUGUCUUGGUCCUACUUACUAUUUGGAGGACCAAGAAGUUCCACAAGCCCAUGUACUACUUUAUUGGGAACUUAGCUUUAUCAGACUUGCUGGCUGGGGUGGUGUACACUGCCAACAUCCUGCUGUCAGGUGCCAACACAUACAAACUGACCCCCACACAGUGGUUCUUCCGGGAGGGUAGUAUGUUUGUGGCCCUGGCAGCCUCAGUCUUCAGCCUGUUGGCCAUCGCCAUUGAGCGCCACCUCACCAUGCUGAAGAUGAAGUUACACAACAAUGGCAACACGUGCCGUGUCUUCAUGCUCAUCAGCACCGUGUGGCUGAUUGCAGCCAUCUUGGGCGGCCUGCCCAUCAUGGGCUGGAACUGCAUCCAGAGCAUGCCCAGCUGCUCCACCGUACUGCCGCUCUACCACAAGACCUACAUCCUGUUCUGCACCACCGUCUUCAGCGUCAUCCUCAUGGCCAUCGUGGUGCUGUACGCGCGCAUCUACGCCCUGGUGCGCACCCGCAGCCGCAAGAUGGUGUUCCGCAAGGUCUCCAACGGCCGCGGCGGGGGUAGCGCUAGCAGCAAGAGCUCUGAGAAGUCCAUGGCCCUGCUGAAGACCGUGAUCAUCGUGCUGAGCUGUUUCAUCGCCUGCUGGGCCCCACUCUUCAUCCUUCUGUUGCUGGACGUGGCCUGCAACAUCCGCAUGUGCCCCAUCCUGUACAAGGCCGAGUGGUUCCUGGCCUUGGCCGUGCUCAACUCGGCCAUGAAUCCCCUCAUCUACACACUCACCAGCAACGAGAUGCGUCGCGCCUUCCUCAAAACGCUCCUGUGCUGCAGCGUCUGCACCCAGUCCUCCGGCAAGUUCUCCAAGCCCAUUAUUGGUGCAGAGUUCAGCCGGAGCAAGUCGGACAACUCGUCCCACCCCAAUAAGGAUGAGCCGGAGUACUUGCCAAGGGAGACCAUCGUAUCCUCUGGGAAUAUCACCUCCUCUUCUUAAAGAGCCUUCUGGACUGUUGUGUGAAAAGUAGCUCCACUGCUUAGGAAGUGUGGAUGUAUAUAUGUUUUUGUGUAGUGUGCAAGUGUGUUUGUACAUUAUGUAUAUAAAUGUGUAUACGUUGUGUGUGUGUGGUUUUGUUGCCCUGUGGAUGUGUGGAUGUACAGUAUGUCAGUUUGUACAGUAAGUUGCCUCUUCAGUUUCCAUUUGUUUUAUCACUUCACAAAGUGUCUGUCCAUGUCAGAGAGUAGAGAUGUAGAGUUUGUCUUCUUCUCCCCUCACACCUUGGACUGCCAGCACUGAUCUGAAUUUGUUCAUAUUCAAAAGACAAUGGGAAGCACACACACCCAAACUAUAAACCUGAUUUACAGUAUAGCACCUAAAUUGUAAACCUGGCUUACAGUGUAGCACCUAAACCCUAAACCUAAUUUAUAGUAUAGCACCUAAAUUGUAAACCUGGCUUACAGUAUAGCACCUAAACUAUAAACCUGAUUUACAGUGUAGCACCUAAACUAUAAACCUGAUUUACAGUGUAGCACCUAAACCCUAAACCUAAUUUAUAGUAUAGCACCUAAAUUGUAAACCUGAUUUACAGUGUAGCACCUAAACCCUAAACCUAAUUUACAGUAUUGUACCUAAAUUGUAAACCUGAUUUACAGUAUAGCACCUAAAUUGUAAACCUGGCUUACAGUAUUAUGAGAAGAAGACGUUUUUGUCAAAGGUAUUUUUUGUAUUUAGUACAGCACUUGUUGUAAAAGUGCUAAAUAAGAACCAUCAACCCAUUAUAGGCGUUUACUGAUUCUCUAUAAUGGGUGUUGAUGGAAGAGUAAAAAUUGUUUGUAGUGCUUAUUGUUCUUAUUGAAAUAUUUAAGAAAUACAAUGAAUGAAGUGCUUGUGUAUCUUCGACUUAACUCUGAAGGCUAGUACAAUGUCAAUUCUACCCCCUGAUUGAGAAUGUAUUUUGGACUUGUUAUUUGGUUUAUUUCAAUCUCAUUGGAUAAAGUUCUUUGUAGCAAAGCAAUGUAGUUGCAAUAAUAAUUUAUAUUCAAAAGCAAAAAAGGCGUUUGGUUUGUGUGACAAAGGUUAUCUUUUUUAUCCAGUCAUGAUUUUAUUGUCCUUUCUGUUUCACUUUUAGAUGAAGAUACCGUAGCUCCAGCCAUUCAACAUAUUUGUCUGUCCCUCAGUUACCACUCUCAAAAAUCAUUUCAACUCUCGUGAAAACCAGCAUGCCCCUGUAAUAGGGAAGGUCAUGAGGUUGAAAACAAAAAAAGAUUGAUGUCAAAGGAUAAGCAAUAGCACUGGUCCAUUCCUGAAAGUACCGAGCCCAAUAAUUACUUACAUUUUCAUAACGGAAUAAGUUAAUGACAAUGGGCACACACAUCACCAAUAGCUCACUGGAAUCCUCCCAUAUAGAUUUGUUGUUAAGAGCACCGUUAAACACCCAUGGACAAGUACAAUGUCGCUUUUCAGGGGUCACGUAAUCACAGUUUGCCAAACUCCCAUGUGGACCCAAGUCAUAUUUGGCACGUGUUUUGGUUAGCUCUUAAUAAAUAUUGUAAAUCAAAAAA